AUGAGGGUUCCAACCAUUCUGCUCGCAUUGCUAGCGACCGCUAGGGCCGAGGAUGUGCUUCAAGACAUAUCUCUCCAUCCUACCGAGCUUGUGUUGGAUGAAGAGCCCCCAUUAUUCAUACCACUGGAUGCUCAACAUGACUGGGUCUACCCCGAGACUUUGCCACCCAUGCCUCAGUGCAUCGCCGAGCAGGACCAGGCUGCAUGGCUAAGUGCCAUGACAAGAUGCACAAAGAAGCAAUGCAUGCGGCACUUUGGAGUAAUCUGUACCCGCCACCAAUGGCGCACCCAGCUUAGCUGUCUCAACACCGAACUUUCCCCUCGACUUCUUGUACAGUACGUUGAUUACUGUAGCCGCUCCGUUCUGAAAAAGGCACAAUUGUACCAGUGGAUCCAUACAACAACGGGUCGUACAUGGCUUUUUCAGGUCGGCGAUGCCAACGGAUUACAGAGGCUUUCUCCAGCCUCGCUGACCAAAGGAUAUGCGGCUGUUCGUAUCACAGACAAGGCGCCGGCAUGUCUGACCGAAUCGGUAUCCCCUUCAUCAAUGGAGUCGUUUGGACAAGUUAUGGCAUCCUGUGCUUUCGAGGCUACUACUAGACAUAUGGGCAAUGCUAAACGUCCAUGGGAAUAUCAUGAAAGUGAGCAUUCAAUGGUCGCUCUGGAUAUUGAAGUUGCAGGGUACGACCUGACACAUGCCACCAUUCCGGACAAUCGUUACUUUGACAAGCAGUGUUUCUGCAAGACAUUUGAUGCAAGGCUUGCAGAAGAGGACUGUGCAGGGCCUGGAGUAUAUUCAACGAUGCAACGGUUAUGGUUGCAUGCUACUUGCGGAUCUGCGUCACUUCCCUCCAACUGGAGGCAGGGACUCAAAACCACUCCUUACGAUUACAUUCCUGCGGAAAGAUGGAAGCGACCCCAGUGCUUCGAUCCCAUGCCAGAUAACGUGAUGCGGCUCAAGGACCAAUGCACGACUAAUGCUUGUAGAGUCGGCUCCGACGGCUACUGCUAUGUCCAGCGUGCAGUAGAUAGAUCCUGUUUCUGCCGUAACAUCAACUAUGACACAUGCAAAGGAUCCUGCCACGACUUCGACAACCGGAUCGACUACAUACACUGGCUCCACAAUUUAUGCGGCGCCGAAGAAAACUGGCAUGGUUUACCAGAGGACUGGCAUCGACUAGCUCGCGCCACUCGUCGCGAGGCAAUUCCAUGGGCAUGGUACAUAGACUCAUUCAGUCGCUCAACCCCCAGCACAAACGAAACCGACCCAUCAACCCCUAAACAAUCAUGUGCCUCCAGCGAGUGGAAACAAAUGAGUCUCCUCCUCGUCAACCUCGCUGCCCUUUUCACCGCCAUCUUUGGCCCAAAGCCAGCCUCCAGCCCAACCACAAACCCCCUGGGCAGCAUCCUCUGGUUCCCGCGUGGCAUCGCCGUAGCAGCCUUUUACCUCCUCGCUAACGCCAUCAACGCCAUGCUCAUCCAAUCGACCCCCACCUAUGAGGAAACCCCCAUGGUGGAGCUCGCCCUCCUCUGGUGCACCAUGCCCCGCCUAACCUGGCUCACCAUGAUCCUCGUCCUCGCCUCACCCUACAAACGCUCCACCUUUUCCGCCGUAGCCACAGUCAUCGUAUCCGAGACCAUCCUGCAAGCCCUCUCUUCCACCACCAUACUCUCCACCGUGUCCUACGGCAUCCAGCACGGCUUCUACAACCCAAAUACCACCGUACUAAGUAACCUGUCAGCAGCGCCGUACAUGUACGCCGGCGCCCUCAUGUGGGCCAUCGUCAUGUUCCUGUCUAUCCUCGCCUUCUUCUACGUUCUAUUUGAUGCAAGCACACCGCAUGAUUCGAUUAAUCCCCAGAAUCACCAUCUCGCGUCUCAGCUCAGAAAACCGUUUGUAGAGCGCUGGACGUGGAUCGAGGAGAAGAUUGCAGAGUAUUGGAUCGAUAUGGAUUGGGAUUUUGAACAGACCCCGCUCAUGCAGAAUGAGGGUUAUGUUCAUCUUGUGUAUGGCACGUUGCCAACUAAGACGCCCAAUGGGCGAAGGACGAAGAGGGGUGUGGUGAGGGCUACGCUGGUGGCGUUUGUGAGUAUGAUUUUGUUGUGGGUUGCGCAGUGGGUGUUUUGGAUUGGGUUUGUGGGUAUUUCGGAGGGGGAGUUUUGUACGCCACAGCUUGAACUUUCGACUUUGAUAUGGAUUGCUUCUUCCAUUGCUGCGGCUUUUGGUAUUGUAAAGGCAUGA